CAAUAAUUCGAUGAAGACUUCCAUUCACUGGAUUAUGACCAAAUGAUUUUCAUCAUAAUUUAUCGUUGAAAAUUUUGAGAUAGAAUUUUGGACAUUCCACUUAAUUUUGUUCAAGAUGUGAGCCUAAUAUAUUCGGAAUGUGAUCGGCUUUGUGAUGAACUCUCGGUGUGAAUCGAAAAUCGGAUUUCCAAAUAACAAUAUUCGGAGAUGUAAUGCAGUUAUGGCCGAGAUUUUGUAUUGUGUGGUAUUCUUGAAAGUUCAUUUUAAUCUGACUGACUCUGGAUCGUAGGUGUUAUUGCAUAUUAUUGUUGUCUGCAGCAGGUCAGGGCCUUGCUUUAUUUAGCUAAGCAAUCAUGGCCGACCAACUUGCAGAUGGCCCACCAGCGGCCAAGCGACAGAAAGUAUCAUCGCCUCGGCAAAGCAUGGGGUCUGAUCAAGGAGAACUGUUAUGGGAUAUAAUGAACGAUCUUCCCGACGAAUUGAUGGGAACAGGGGAGCCCUCCCAUAAUGGGACAAACGAUUCUCAUAGUGGACAAGACACAACAUCACAAAGACAUGUCCAGCUCUCCCAACUUUUAUCCAGCAACCCAACUCCACCUCUGAAUAUAGUAAAUUCUCUUCAGAAUGCCCAAAACAGGAGCCCUAAUGUUGGAAGUAUUGCAAAUUCUCUCAAUAACGUGAAAAGUCCUCUCUCCAACAGUUUAUCCUCACCCCCUCAUGGAUCAGUUGGUAAAGGUGGAGUGAGUGUAGAUGGAAACUUUCCAUCAAGUAGUGCUACUUUUACAAUGGCAAACAAUAUUUCAAAUAGUACUGUAGCUAUGGCAAGCAGUGUACCAAAUGCCGUGCUGAAAGGGAUUCCACAUGGUUCUGGACUUACUAUUGGACAUAACCAAAUGAUACAAAAUGGACCAUUGAGUGGUCCCAAUCGAAGUAUGAGCAUGAACACUAACAAUAUGGGUCAGGCGAUGUCCAGUAUGUCACAGGCUAAUAACAUGCUUGGAAAUCUUCCUGGUCAACAACAGAUGCAGACUCACCAAAAUUUAGGACUUCCUGGUUUAAAUGCUGGUCAAACUCCACAAUUGAUGAAGCCGAAUGGUCCUCCACCUCAUGGAGGUGGCUUUGGUUUCACCAACCCUUCCAAUAUAGCUGGCCACCCAUCUUCUACUGCUAGCUAUAAUCAAUCUCUGUCUUCUACCAUGACUACAACUUCUAUUAGUAUGCCAACAAACACUAUGAAUACGAAUCAACAACAUGGUGUGCUGCCCAAUAUAGGUCCUAAUACAGCAACAACAUCAGCAGCGUCUGCAGGCACAGUCCCAGGGCCUGGGGGAGCUCAACCACCAACAGCUGAUCCAGAGAAGCGAAAACUCAUACAGCAACAGUUGGUCCUUCUGCUGCAUGCACACAAGUGUCAGAGGAGGGAAACCACCAACAAUCAAACAGAAGUCUGCUCUCUUCCUCAUUGUCGUACCAUGAAAAAUGUUCUUAAUCAUAUGACUCAUUGUAAUGCUGGAAAAUCUUGUCAAGUUGCUCACUGCGCAUCCUCCAGACAGAUUAUCACCCACUGGAAGAACUGUACACGGAGUGAUUGUCCAGUGUGUCUGCCAUUGAAGCAUGCAUCAGACAAGCAACGUCACCCAUCAGCAACAGUGCUCCUUCCUCAAACUCCAGCAACCAGUGCCCCUGCUAACCCCCUGACUGGUCAGGGACCACCAGGUGUUACUGACCUUCAAAUGAAGAGGGCCUAUGCUGCUUUAGGACUGUCUCCUCCGUCUCAACAAAAUCCUGUACGGACACAAGGAGCUCCAGGAGUUCCAGGGGGACUGAACUCUAACCCAUCAAAUCAAGUGUCUCAGCUUUUGGGCGGGCUGCCUCCAGGUAUUGGAGGUUUGGGUACUGGUUUAGGAUCAUCUGACCCACUGGGCCAGAAUCCAAACAACCCUGCACAGAAUAUGGCACAGACCAAUCGAGGCUCUAAAGAGUGGCAUCAGAGUGUUACGCAGGACCUGAGAAAUCACCUAGUCCACAAACUUGUUCAAGCAAUAUUUCCAACACCGGACCCUGCUGCACUUAAAGACAGAAGAAUGAACAAUCUUGUAGCAUAUGCAAGGAAAGUGGAAGGAGACAUGUACGAGACUGCCAACAGCAGGGAGGAAUACUAUCAUUUGUUGGCUGAGAAGAUUUACAAAAUUCAGAAGGAAUUGGAAGAGAAGAGGAUGCAGAGGAUCGGAAGGACUGGAGGAGGUCAACCACAGCCUCCAUUAAGGGCAACAGAAAAUGGCCCUCUUGGAGCAGGUCCUCCAUUCACAGCUGAUAUGUUCAACCUGCCCUCGUCAGCUCCAAUGCCUGCUGGAGGACCCAGGAUGCCUGUACAUAUGCCCAGACCACAAGGCCAACUUGGACCUCCCAACUCCCAAAAUCCACAACUCAAUCUAGUCUCGGCACAGCUGCAGAGAGAGGUACAGAGCCUGGAGGCGAAAACUCGCCUGCCCUCCACGCACAUGUCAGGUCAACCUCAGCCUCAAUUGCAGCAACCAACUUCCCUUCCCCAAUCUCAACCACAGACUCACUUCUCACAGCUGCCACAGCAAUCGCCAAUCUCCCAGGUAUCCCAGUCACCACCUGUGUCCCAGAGCCAGCAAACCACCACGGCACUGGGCCAGCUGAGUAGCUCGACCAUGGACCAGCAGACACUCAACCUACUGAAUAGUCCAUCACACUCUCAACAACAGACCCAACAGUCCAACCAAAACAUUCAAACCACAGCCAUUCAAAUGACACAAUCAUCUACUAUCACUGCACCUAGCCAGCAGGUUAACACUAGUUUACAACAGCCAAUGCCUGAUGUGAAAGUCAAGAUAGAGCCUAUAGAUAUACACAACACUCAGCCCCAGACAUUGUCUGAGGUGCUGUCUGCCCCGUGUACUACAGGCAAUCUGCUGGUGAACAACUCUUCCAUCUCCACAUCAGUAAUGGUUAGUUCUCCCAUCACAGUCAUGUCCACAGCAUCCAUGUCAACUACCACAAUAUCUGUGGCAACAACAUCUGCUGCUGUUGAUGUCAAACCAGAUAUCAAAUCACCCGAUAUCAAAAUGGAGCUGCCUUCGGAUGACAUUAAACAAGAAAGCACAGAAAGUGUCCAGGUGAAAGAGGAACCAGCCAAUGAGAAAAGUUGUGCAGGUUUGGAAGUUCAAACCCCAAAAUCUGCUUCAAGUGCUACAGAACCUGAGACGUCCCUUGAACAACCCACACCUAGUCCUAUGAAUGGAAGCACAUCAACUGCUUUAAUCGUCUCCAAUAGUGCUACAGGAGCUGCAGGAGCAGCCUCUGCUAAUGCCACACCAGCAAAGCCAAAACAAAAGAAAACAUUCAAACCAGAUGAACUGAGACAAGCUCUCAUGCCAACACUUGAGAAACUAUAUCGCCAAGAUCCAGAAUCCAUGCCUUUCAGACAGCCAGUAGAUCCUAUUUUACUACAGAUUCCAGACUAUUUUGAUAUUGUGAAGCGGCCAAUGGACCUGUCCUCAAUCAAACGUAAGCUAGACACUGGACAGUACACAGACCCUUGGCAGUAUGUGGAUGAUGUGUGGCUGAUGUUUGACAAUGCAUGGUUGUACAAUAGGAAGACAUCAAAAGUCUACAGAUUUGCUACAAAGUUGUCUGAAGUGUUUGAGGGGGAAAUUGAUGCAAUUAUGCAAUCCCUGGGAUAUUGCUGUGGCAGAAAGCAUGUGUUCAGUCCUCAGGUUCUGUGUUGUUAUGGCAAACAACUCUGUACUAUAUCCAGGGAUGCUAUUUACUUCAGCUAUCAAAACAGAUACAUCUACUGUGAAAAAUGCUUCCAAGAAAUCCCAGGAGACGAAGUGGAGUUGUCUGAUGACCCCACCCAGUCUGCAACCUUUAAUACCUUAUCAAGAUUUACAAUUAACCAUUGCAGCAAAAUCAGGAAGGACCAAUUUGUGCGUAUGAAGAAUGACCAGCUUGAUUAUGAACCAUUUACAGAAUGUGAUGAAUGUGGCAGAAAACUCCAUACAAUAUGUGUUCUUCACUUUGAGGCAAUCUGGCCGAAUGGUUUUACUUGUGAUAACUGUCUAAAAGCCAAAGGAAUGAAGAGAAAAGAAAACAAAUACAGUGCAAAGAAUUUAGCUUUUUCAGGAAUUCCUAACACCAAACUAGGGACAUAUUUGGAAAACCGAGUGAACAACUUUUUAAAGAAGAAAGAUGCUGGAGCAGGAGAUGUUACCAUUAAGGUGCUCUCAAGUAAUGACAAAAUCGUGGAAGUGAAGCCAGGCAUGAAAGCGAGAUUUGUUGACAACAAUGAGAUGCAGGAGAGCUUUCCAUACCGAGCCAAAGCAAUGUUUGCAUUUGAAGAAAUUGACGGCACAGAUGUCUGUUUUUUUGGAAUGCAUGUACAAGAGUAUGGAUCAGAAUGUGCAAUGCCAAACACAAGGAGAGUUUACAUUUCUUACCUGGACAGUGUACACUUCUUCCAGCCUCGACAACUUAGGACUGCAGUGUAUCAUGAGAUUCUUAUUGGCUACCUUGAAUAUGUCAAGCAGCUGGGAUAUGUGUGGGCCCAUAUAUGGGCGUGUCCACCUAGUGAAGGGGAUGACUAUAUCUUCCAUUGCCACCCUCCUGAACAAAAAAUCCCAAAGCCCAAACGACUGCAGGAGUGGUACAAAAAAAUGCUGGACAAAGCUAUCAUAGAGCGUUGUGUCAUUGAUUACAAGGAUAUUUAUAAAGAUGCCAUAGAGAACAAUGUGCAAUCAGCCACAGAAAUGCCAUACUUUGAGGGGGAUUUCUGGCCUAAUGUGUUAGAGGAGAGUAUCAAGGAACUGGACCAGGAGGAAGAGGAAAAGCGUAAACGUGAGGAAGCCGAGGCAGCAGCAGCAGCUGAGGUGGAAUGUGUGGAGGGCACAGAGGACUGUGACAGUAGUUCUCAGAAUGGCACAGGUAAGAAGAAAGGCAAAGGAGGCAGGAACAAAAAAGCCAACAAGAGCAAGAACAAUCAAAGGAAAAACAACAAGAAAACCAAUAUGCCACAUGGUGGAAACAAUCUUUCCCAGAAAUUGUAUGCUACUAUGGAGAAGCACAAAGAGGUGUUUUUUGUGAUCCGUCUACACAGCCAACAGGUGGCUCAUAACCUUCCGCCCAUACAAGAUCCCGAUCCUUACAUCUCUUGUGAUCUUAUGGAUGGUCGGGAUGCUUUCUUGACAUUGGCACGUGACAAGCACCAGGAAUUCUCCUCACUGCGGAGAGCCAAGCUUUCCACUAUGGCUCUAUUGUAUGAACUGCAUAAUCAAGGAAGAGACAAUUUUGUGUACACAUGCAAUAACUGUAAAGCUCAUGUGGAAACUCGUUGGCACUGCAGAGUGUGUGAAGAUUAUGAUAUGUGUUCAACGUGCUAUGAAAAGAUUGGCCAUAUUCACAAGAUGGACAAAUUGGGUCUGGACUUGGAUGAUGGUUCAUUACCUUCAGAAAAACCAGAAAAUCCUGCAGAAUCUCGUCGCCAAUCUAUUCAGCGUUGUAUACAAUCUUUGGUACAUGCUUGUCAGUGCAAGGACGCAAAUUGUAAACUACCGAGUUGUCUGAAGAUGAAGCGUGUGGUUUCCCAUACAAAGGGUUGUAGGAAAAAGACCAAUGGUGUGUGUCCAAUCUGUAAGCAGCUUAUAGCGCUGUGUUUAUAUCAUGCUAAACAUUGUACAGAGAACAAGUGUCAGGUGCCAUUCUGUUUACAAAUUAAACAUAAACUGAGGCAGCAGCAGUUGCAGCAUCGGUUGCAGCAAGCCCAGAUGCUGAGGAGGAGAAUGGCAUCAAUGCAACGUGGUGGAACAACGACUACACCAGUAACGCAGGUGACAUCUCAGCCCUCCCCCUCCCCAACUCCCCUCAUACAACCGGCAAUCCCUGGCAAGCCAGCUGCGGGCCCUCCUCCAGGUGCCCUGGAAGCAGCUCAGCUGGCCAAAGAAGCGGCUCAGAGACAAGCGGAGAUGAGCAUGGGCAAACCUGUGAUGACGACGACUGUGACGCCCAUGCCACCUCCAAUGCCUUCUACCAUGAGUCAGUCAAUCCCAGCUCAAAAAGUGCCAAUGCAGACAUGGACACAGCAGCCACAAUAUCCUCAACAAAAUCCCAACCAAAGUCUGCACCCGGAUAUGACACAGAACACAUUAUAUCCGAGACCAAAUCCUCAGCCACAACAGCCUCCCAUCAACCCACCACAGACGGGCCCAAAUGCACCACGGCCUCCAACCACACCGCUUCAACAGUUGUUAGCUACUCUCAAAUCUCCUGCCUCUCCGCAACAGCAGCAACAAGUACUUCACAUUCUAAAAACUCAUCCGCAACUCAUGGCAGCUUUCUUAAAACAAAGGACUCAACAGCAUCAGCAGGCUCAGAAUCAGCAGCCUCAUCAACAACAACAGCCCCAACCCAACCACCCAAUGUGGUAUCAGCAACAACAACAACAACAGCAACAGCAGCAACAACAACAGCAACAACAACAACAACAGCGUAUGCGGCUUCUUCAACAACAGCAGCAGCAGCAACAGCAGCAACAACAACAUCAGCAGCAGCAGCAACAACACCAACCACUAUCAAUGCCACAGUUCCAGCAGCCCCAGCCUCAGUAUACUCAAGUACAACGACCACGUAUCCCCUACACGGGGCAGCAGGCCUACCAAGCAGACGGAAAUGGUCAGCACAUGUCACAACAGUUCCAACAGCAACAAAUGAUGCAACAAGUACAGCAACAACAGGCACAGCUGCGACACCAGCUGUCCGCGGGGGGCAAGCCUGUCCAGGUUAAUGCUCAGAUGUCUGCCCAGCAGGCAGUUAGUAACCAACAACUUAUGCAGCAAGUGCGUUCGCCCACGUCGGCGUCGCUACCACAGACUGUUCGUUCUCCCCAGCCCACUUUAUCUCCCCGGCAGCAACUGAACCCCUCACCGCGACAACCACAAAUGUCGCCACAUCAUGUUGUGUCUAGUUCACCUCAUCCGGGCGCCGUGGGAGGUGAUCCAAAUCAAAUGAACACAGACCCUAGUUUACUGUUGAGUGGUGGUAUGUCGUUACAGAACCAGCCCCCAGAUGGGGGUCUUAGUCUACCACAGGACACAGAAGUCACUCCACAAGAUCAGUUAUCACGAUAUGUGGAGACAUUGUAGCACAUGUUAUUGUUAGGCUUUGUGACGACAUAUUACUACAGAACUAAUGAUAUCAGCAACAUUAUAACAAAGAGACUGAUGUUAUGUGUCUAGCUGAUUGUUUUUCACCAAUGUAUUUGUCACUUUUUUUUCCAGAACAAAUUAUCUACAGAUUUUUUUCUUGUGUCAGAAAGAAAAUGAUUUAAUAUAUUUUAUUUUAUAUGACUAGGAAAUGUUGUGUGUGUUGGUUAUUGAACGUAUGAUUUAUAAUAUGUGGGCAUGAAAUCAGGUAUGAAUGGUUUGGAUGAAUGAGAGAUUGUUAAGUUGUGACAAUAUCGGGUAUAAAGACGGUUUUGCAUGGUGAGACAAAUGUUGUUUGUUGGUGUCUUGUACAAGUUUAAAACGUUAACAGUUCCAAUGUCUUUCUUUUUACAUUAAAUUUUAUCAUCUCAGCCUUUGAGUAAGAACUAGAUUCAUGUAAUGAUUUUUAUUAAGGAAGAAAUCGGUUUGGUGGACAGUGAAACUUGUAAGCCAUCCGUAUAUAUCAUGUGUCGCACAUCUUUCAUCUACUCCGUAGUCGUAGAAAACUGAGUGGACAAGAGGAAUGUGUCGUAGUAGAUUUUUUAAGUUGGAAACAAUUUCCAUUGUGUUUUCCAUUCAAAGAUGGCUGUAUAAUUGUAUGAUUCCUAAAUUAAAUUAAUUUUUCCCCUUUCUGUAGAUUAAGAUAUUUUCCAUUAUUGGUGAUCUAAACCAUAACCAAGCCCUAUACACAUUAUAAAUACAUGAUUAAAGAAUGCUGUUUGUACAUUUUGUAAUACUUCAUAGUGUCAUGUCAUCCAUUAGUUUAUCAACUGGUCAGAUUUCACGUCAUACAAAACACAUAUUUGGGUAGUGUGGAGUUUUCAGUGUUCUGCUGGAAUGCCCAAACACAACCUGCAAACGUUGUAUAAAUACAGUGAUGAUAAAGAGAAA